AGCAAGGAGCAGCAGCAGCAGCAGCAGCACCACAGACAGCAGGAGACGCGGGGAGCGAGCGCCGGGCUCAGCACCACCCAUGGCGAAAGAGAAGAAGAGGGCUCUGCUAGAGCUCCUUCACCGAGACGGCAACCAGCUGUGCGCGGACUGCGGGGCACCUGAUCCUGACUGGGCCUCCUACACCCUUGGAGUAUUCAUCUGCCUGAGCUGCUCAGGAAUACACCGCAACAUCCCCAAUGUCAGCAAAGUGAAAUCAGUCCGUUUAGAUGCUUGGGAUGAAGCACAAAUAGAGUUUAUGGCCUGCAAUGGAAAUCACGCAGGAAGAGCCAAGUAUGAAUCGAAAAUGCCCUCAUUUUACUACAAGCCAACAUUUUCCGACUGUCAACUCCUCCGAGAGCAGUGGAUCCGAGCCAAGUAUGAAAGGAAGGAAUUCAUUUACACGGAAAAGCAAGAACCCUAUUCUGCAGGAUACCGAGAAGGAUUUCUUUGGAAGCGAGGUCGAGACAACGGACAGUUCUUAAGCAGGAAGUUUGUAUUGACCGAACGAGAGGGGGCACUGAAAUAUUUCAACAAAAAUGACGCAAAAGAGCCCAAAGCGAUUAUGAAGAUUGAACAUUUAAAUGCCACCUUCCAGCCAGCCAAAAUUGGAAAUCCUCAUGGCCUCCAGAUAACUUACCUGAAAGAUAACAGCACCAGGAAUAUUUUUGUAUAUCAUGAAGAUGGCAAGGAAAUUGUGGACUGGUUCAAUGCUAUCCGGGCAGCUCGAUUUCAUUACUUACAAGUGGCAUUCCCUGGGGCCAGCGAUAUUGAUCUCGUGCCAAAGCUAUCCAGAAACUAUCUGAAGGAAGGCUACAUGGAGAAAACGGGACCAAAGCAAACUGAAGGCUUCAAGAAACGCUGGUUCACCAUGGAUGACAGGCGGCUCAUGUAUUUCAAAGACCCUCUGGAUGCCUUUGCCAGAGGGGAGGUUUUCAUUGGCAGUAAGGAAAACAGCUACACGGUUCUUGAGGGCCUUCCUCCUUCCACCCAGGGCCAUCACUGGCAGCACGGUAUCACCAUUGUCACCCCAGACCGAAAGUUCCUCUUUGCCUGUGAGACAGAAAGUGACCAGCGGGAAUGGAUCGCAGCCUUUCAGAAAGUGAUUAAUAGGCCAAUGCUGCCUCAAGAGUAUGCAGUGGAAGCCCAUUUCAAACAUAAACCUUAAAGAGAGAUUGACUGUGAGGGAUCCAAGGACACAAGAUUCUGUUUACAGAACGACCUGGUUUUAUUUGACAUGUAAAAAGCAAAGAGGAAAAACAAAAAGACAAGCAUCCACCUAAUCAUGUUGGACACCAACAUGGGAAUGGGUUGGUGGCGAAGGCAGAGGCCAGAAGACUGAGAAAAGAAAAUGGAGCAACCUUUUCUCCCUGGAAUUACCUCCCCUGUUGCCAUGGGGCCUGAUUUUUGCAAGCAUCUGCUGUUUCCAGUGGCUACGUUUUCAUUCACAACCAUUGUGUAUGCCUCACUACAUUAGAAAGGGGAUCCUGACUGGCAGCCUCACUGCUCUGAAUCCACUUUGAGGAGGGGGGGGGAGGGAGGAAUCUGAACCCAAGGCUUGGGGCUGCCCCUGGGCCUUGGAACCCAGUUUUGGUCCCAUGUUCUAUCCCUGCCAUUAGACUCAAGUUUCACUUCAUGGCAGUGACUGUGAGGGGCUUCUGGAUGAAAGGUCUGUUUAUCAGAAACCUAGCUAAGUGGGAGUUCAACCUAAUGCUGGGUGGGGAGCCUGGGGAAUUGAGCCUUAGGGGUUGACCACAAUUCUUGGGAAGUCCCUCCCCUCCAUUGGCAAAAGGCAGCUUGCUUGCUUCCUAUUUGGGGCUGUGUGAAUGCCCUCAAAGAUCAGAUUUAUUUUAGCACAGCCCCAGAGAGAAUUUUAGAAAUGAAUUUUGCAUAUGUUCUAGUCAUGGUGAAUGAUGGGGAUGUUUAUGUGCCAAGAAGUGGAGAUAAACAUGGCAGUUGUCCUACCACAGGAAAAAGGUCUAGGGGACACCUAGGAAGUCCAGGCUGGUUUUCAUAAAGGUAGAUUCCAAGAUGGUGUAAAAAUAGAGAAAUUAUGGGAAAUACAGGAAUCUGGUGUACAAUGGGCGUCUAAGGCACCACCUCUCUUGUCAGUCUGCAGCCAAGAAUUAGAAGACUAAAGGAAAAAAACAAUUUUUGAGGUAUUUGUGUGCUUUUUAAAUCAUGCACACCUACAUCUGUGCUGGUGGCUCUACCUGUGCGGUUAUCUUUGUUUUCACUUGUUCUUCAUCUCUUCAAGGAAGAAAGAAAGAAAGAAAGAAAGAAAGAAAGAAAGAAAGAAAGAAAGAAAGAAAGAAAGAAAGAAAGAAAGAAAGGAAGGAAGGAAGGAAGAAAGGAAGGAAGAAAAAGAAGGAAGAAAGGAAGGAAAGAAAGAAGGAAGGAAGGAAAGAAGGAAGGAAGAAGGAAAGGGAAAGGGAAAGGAAAAGGAAAAGAAAAGAAUCUAAUAGGAUAGGUGAUGCUGGAAUUCCCAGGCUACACCUCCUGCUGUAUUUGCAUGUCUGUGAUCGAGCCAGUACCUCAUGCACCAAGACAGAGAAUUGGUAGGAAAACAGACGUUUAGGAGACCAUUGAACAAUUAUCUCACUCCCUACAGCCAGCCUUAAGUCCCUGUGUUUGUGGAUUUUCAGAACCCUCCAUAGGUAUGGUGUGGACAUCGAUGAAGAUGAAAGCUUCCAAGAUGAGAAGUCCUCAAAGCUCAGAACAGAUUGGACUAAUCUUCCCUGGCUGCCCACCCCCUUUUUUUCCACUUGCUCCAAUCUCUUCACCCAUCCUCACUUGACCAAUAAUUAGUAGAUGUUCUAUACCUCGGGAGGGACUACUUGGUGCUUUGGGGAAGUCACCAUUCUGCUGAUCAAUUUGGGAAAAGAUGGUUGAAAGUUGGCCAGGAUUUAGAACCUCAAUAAGGACUAUAUAGACAGUGGACCCAGAAUAAGUGAAUCUUCGUUUUUGCUCAGUUAGUGUCAAUGUGUCAAUAGACACAGAGAGAUGACAGGAUUCACCCAGAAGCUUCAUUGGAUUUUACAAAAGUAGUUUUUGACUUUCAUACAUGUAUUCAUUCCUAUAAUUUAAUCUUGCUGUUCUCCAAGGGAGAAUUUCCUUCUUCCCCAUGCACUCCAUUUUCUACUAUCUUAAUUCAUAAAUUUCCAGUUUCUCAGCAAAACCUCAUUCCCUAGGCCCCAGUUAAGCUAGGGAUCUAUUGACAACAGCAAAGCUCUAUUUUCUUCCCCAACUCAGCAUAGACCCUGUUAACUCGGCGUUCCACGGACCUCCCUGACUUGCCUCCACCUCUUUGAUUUGUCUCCUGACCACAGAGCCCAUCCCAGGGAAGGGGAGAAAUCAUUUAUCUAAAUCAGUCAAAAAUGACUCGCAGUGAGUGGGAUACCCUUUCUCUUAGUAACCCUAACCCUGGACUCUAAUAUCUGUGGUGCCCCAGUGACAGGCAUAUGUUCCGAUCUGAAUUGCAGAGCUGAAUUCAAGGAAAAAGAUGUUGUGCUUUCCAAACUAUGGAAAUACCCACAGUUGUCUUUGCUAUCCUUGACUUGCUCCAGCAUUUAGCACAGUGCCUGGCACAUAGUAGGCGCUUAAUAAAUGUUUAUUGAUUGAUUCAUUGAUUUAACUAGACCCAGCUGUUAGUUUUAUCAGUUGUGGCAAAUCCAUCUGCCCUCUACCAUGUUUUUCAUAGACUGCGCCAUCCAAACAGACUACAGUUCCCAGCAUGUCCUGCCCCCAUUUUUUUGGCUACAGACCCUUGUGUCUUUUACUAUAACUGGCUGUGACUCCUUUUGGCAAAGGGAGGGGCUUCUUCAUAAGUUGCCUCUGUAUUCCUGUUGAAUAGAGAAGAAUUUUUCCUUUUUUCUGCUAAUAGAACUUAUUUAUCCAGCUGAUCGACAGUUGGCUUUGAGUUGAUCUUUGCUUUUGGAGAAUGGAUUUUGAGUGGAACUGAGUGGAAAGAGGUAUGAAACCAGAUCCAUGGAGACAGCUUAUAGCUUCUUCCCUUCAUGAACUCUACAAUGAAAAGCCAGCUGGUCCUUAAUAGAUAGCUUACCUUCAUUCAAGAAAUAUUUAUCGAGGACCUAUUAGGAACAUGGGCUCAGUGCUAAAGAAAGGAUCCAGAGUAGCUGUGGGUGCUAUUUACUGGUAGACUUUUGACUAUUUAAAAAAAAAAAACACUUUGGUCAUGGCAGACCCAAGGCCUGUUCAGAAAAAGUGAGUGAGUAUGGGGAUAAUUUGGGGGGAUAGUCAGCUGGCCAAGGCUCAUCUCUCUGCCCUUUUGGGAAAGAGGCACACAUAACUUUUCCACUCAGUUUAAUCUAGAGCCCAAGGUCGGUAUUUUUUUUCCUGGCAGGCCAGUAAUGCUGAUUUUUUUUAAUUUAUUUUAUUCUGUAUAUAUUUUAGAGAGUGUAGCAUGAGGAGAGGAUGAACUGGUAAAAAUACAUCAUGUAUAUGUGUACAAACACAAGCAACUUGCUAUGAUCUUGUCCUCAAAUUCCAUAUCUUCUUGUUGUAAAUGCCUUAUAACAAGGUCUUUUUGGUACUUUUGUAACUAAAGCUCCAUGGAUGGGGUUUCAAAUGGAUUAAUGAAGAGUGCAUUGGACUCAGGAGUCAGGAAACCUGGGUCUAGCCCCAGCUCAGCUGCUGUGAGGACCUCAGGCAAGUCAGUUCAUGUCUCUGGGCCUCGGUUUCCCUUUUUAUAAAUUGAAGAGGUGGGACUGAUCUAUAAGGUCCCAUCCCACCUCUACCAAGCUAGAAUACUAUAUUGGGGCCCCAGUAUGGGGGUACGUAUAUACAUAGGUGCAUUAGGUGCUGGUCACUGGCACUGAUCAGCAAGGCUGGUUUAACCCUUGCUGCUUCUAAGUUUGGCAGAGAACCAAACUGACUCAGUAUUAUGGGGAAACUUUGCUCCCAAUUCCACCCUGCAGUGUGACUUGGUCAGAACAACAAGCCUUGGACUGACUUUCCCAGCCUCACUGCCCCCUUGUUUGCCAAUCUGAGGUCUGUGAGACUGGUCCUGUCUUUUGCUUGUCCUCCACCACUGGCCUCUUUGUGCCCAAACUGUGAUACCAGCUGUUUGAAGGGGCACCGCCAGUCUCUGAUGGACACAAUCAAAUAAUUUUUGGUGGGAACCAUCUUGGAGUUGCCCAUUGUGGGCACGUCUCCCGAGAUGCUGAGGGUUAGGAGCAAAUGGGCCUUGUACAGAGCAUGUUGGAAUUUUUAUCACUUAAAAAAAAAGCAAAUAAAUGAGACCCGUCCGUUUGACUUUGGCAGUAGGGAGGGAAACAAGACAUCUUCCAUAUGAAAUGCAUUUCUUGGGUUAAUGUUUGUAAUCAAGAAAGCAUUUAUUAAGCACUUAUAUUCCAGGUACUAUGCUAAGUGCUGAGGAUUCAGAUACAAAACAAAAAACAGGAUAGUCCCUGAGUCCCCAAAGUUUAUGCUCUACUUGGGGGGGAAGGGGAAUGGGAAGGCAGAAUUGGUUGGCAGAUAACAUUACUACAAGAGCAGUCAGCAAAGAAGGAAGUUUAAAUGGAGUCUUAGAGCAAUAAGGAGAAAUGUGGGUAGGCUAGGCAAAUGGCAAGAUGCCUACUCUAACCAAGCCCCGGUGUAUGACUGAAUGGGACAAAGCCUGAUUCUGGGGCUGGGCAGGUGGUGAGGAAGUUCUCAGUCAUCCAUCAGUGUGUUUCUCCCCCAAGUCAGUGCCCAAACUAAGUGGAUUGACUGGGUGGUGGAGGAGACCUGGGGAAGCCAAGGCAAUCUGGCUGUUUCUGCCGGCCAUGUCCCUGUGGAUGGCAAGUUUGUGAACAAGAUGAACCUGGAGAGGUUCUUGCCACGGGUCCCCAUGGCUGGCUAAGGCCAUUUUGAAGUCUAGAAGGCUGCCCCAGGGGCUUUAGGAAAUGGAGUGGUUCUCUAAGAGUGGCAGAAUCCUCCAUGAUCAUCUGCCCUCAGGACACACACCCCUUCAACUCACCAAGACCAUUACCCUUCCCUUUGCCACCCUGCUUAGGGCUAGCCCCUGCAGCAUGUCUUCUACCGAUGCAGGCCUCAGACACCUGGUUCCAAACCUGCUUGAGGCUAAGCAGAUGGGCAGUGUCCGACAGACAGGCUUGUGGAAAAGCCAGGUUGAACCAUUCUUCCCCAGGCCAGGCCGGGAUAGGCUUGUCUGGCUGUUGAGGGGCUGAGCUGCACCUCCUUUCUGUGGCCUCUGGGGUGCUGUGGGACCUCUCAUGCUGCUGCCUAUUGCUGUUGCUGCUGCUGCUGACUGCGGCCAGGACCCUCCCUCCAAUGGCAGCACCAUCUUGUAUAAAUUUGUUAUGUCACUGAUAAUAAAAUCAUGGUACUAAAUGUUGUUAAAAUCAAUAAAUUAUGUCCGAUCAAUGAAGCAAGCAACACUGCAUUCAGUCUGGCAGAGGUGGGGAAAGUGAUCCCCAAAUAUCGGAGCCGGGAACAGCUACAGGAGGCUGGCUUUUUUGUAUCACUCACACAAAGGAACCAUAAAAAUGUCAAUCUGGAUGUGACAACCUUAGGAAUCAUGUAGAUGAGGGGUGUCAAACACUAAGUCAGCCUCCUUUUGAGUUGGCCCAAACUAAAAUAAAAUAUAAUUGAGAUAUUUAACAAAAUAAAAAAUAAUCAUUAUAGCACUUACUAUAUGCCAAGCACUAAGCUAAUACUCAUUUUAUUUGAUCCUCACAAAAACCCAGGAAGGUUAGUGUUAUUAUAUUUUACAGGUUAUUCCUAUUUUACAGAUGAGGAAACCGACUUGCCCAGGAUCACACAGUAAGUAUCUGAGGCUAGAGGACCCUUACUCUAGAAUCAGUGCUCUGUCUAUUCUGCCAUAAGGUUAAUAUGUUCUUGGUUGAUAUAUGAUCCUCAGGGAUCAUAUGUACAAUUUAGCAGCUCCUGUUUCUAUCUGAGUUUGACAUCAAUGAGUUAGAGCAUUGUUUGGGGAUCUGGGGGAAAAAAAACAAUAGUUUGUUAGAGUUUGGACUAGACCCCCAGUCUUCAACCAAAUCAUCAUGGACCUCUCCUUUUUAAUGGUUCUUUUUCCUCUUUCCUGCCCCACCGGCCUAUGUGCAGCUUUUCCUCCGUAGAUUUAUGUAAUUGGCUGAGUGCAAUGACAUGCUGUUUGCAGGCCUGAGUUUUUUCCUAUUCUGUGAGCUAUUUUGAGCACCGGUGCUAGGAAACUUAAUUCACUUCACUCCGAUGGGGCGAGGGGUGGGGGAGGAGGAGGAAGGUGGGGAGUUUAGAUGCUUGCUUUGAAAGCUCUCCAGCUCUCCUCUCUGCUUCCUAACAGAUGGCUGCAAACUGUGGUGUGUUAAAUUUAUCGAGAUAACUGCAGUAUUCGUGUGGAGGAGGAAAAUCACUUGAGAUUUUUUUUUUUUAGAAAAGACAAAGAUCCUUUUCAAAGGUCAAGGUAAUGUCAGUCAAUCAGAGAAUUAGAGAUUUAGAACAGAAAGGGACCUUAGGGGCCUUCUAGUCUAACCUCCUUCAUUUUUCAGAUGAAGAAACUGAGGCAGAAUGAUUUAAGUGACUUGCACAGGGUCACACGGCUAGUGAGUAUCUAAGGCUAGAUUUGAACAUAACAAUAGACUAAUUCCAGUACCUCAUCCUCUACAUCAAACUGCAUCUUCAUCCACAAAUAUUUAUUAACACUUACUGGGAGCUGGUACACAGAGUUAAACAAUCCACCCUCAAGGAGUUUAAAUUUUAAUAAAAUUGCAUAUACAGAUAAGUAUAUAAAAUAGAUUUUUAAAUGAUUAUAGAUUCAUUUGGAAAAGCCAAAUUCAUCCUCUGCUUCCAAGCUGUUUUUUUUCUCCCCCUCCCCAUCCUCCUGCAAUUAUUAUUAGCACUGAGUCCACAGACUAGUGCCUGAGGAGCAGAUAUUGUGGGUGGGGAGAAGCCUGGAGGUAUGAUAGCUAGCAGUUCUCCUGACCCAUUUCCAACUGGAUUCUUUGGAGAUUUCCAGAUCCAAUGUACUCAAUGUUGUUUGCAUUAAGGCUGCUCAUAAUAAUUAGUACCCUUGUAUUUUGCUUUUACGGCAGCUAUAUGACACAA